UCCUCUCCCUUUCCACUUUCUUACUGAAUUAAACUUUUAGAUUUCACACUAAUUCAAUGAAUUUCAUUCCUUUAAAAACCUAUCAAACUACAGCAUUCCUUUUUAUUACUUAUCCACUAGCCAUUAUUUUUCUAAAAUCCCCUCAACAAAACACAUAAAUUUGAACUUCAAGAAGUACUUACUCUUGUUAUGGCAUUCAAUAACAUUGUGUGUUUCUCUUUCUUCUUUUCUCUCUUACUUAUUUUCCAAAUUUCUCCUCUUCCAUGUUCAUCUUAUUAUUCAUCACACAAACAUGGUACAACUAGUAAAAAGAGUCACCACCGACAACAUAGUUCAUCACUUCCUAUUACUAUUCAACAACAAUCAUCAUCAUCAUCAUCAUUUUCCACGUCAUUUGACUUCAAAUCAUUAGACCAAAAAAACUCAGAUCAUACAAAGGGAAAAUGGAUUCUUCUUCACAAAUCAAUUGGCAUCUCUGCCAUGCACAUGCAACUUCUCCAUAAUAAUAAGGUUGUUAUUUUCGACCGGACCGAUUUCGGCUCUUCUAACCUUUCCCUUCCUCAAGGCCAAUGCAGGUACAAUGACGAAGCCCUCAAAGUAGAUUGCACCGCUCAUUCUAUCCUAUACGAUGUUGCCACCAAUACGUACCGUCCACUCAUGGUACACACGGACGUAUGGUGUUCAUCGGGUGCCGUUAACUCUAACGGCACACUUAUUCAAACAGGCGGGUACCAUGCUGGCGAACGUAAAAUACGGUUAUUUUCGCCGUGUACUAAUGAAGAAAUUUGUGAUUGGACGGAGCUUUCGCAGAAUCUAACAGUUAAAAGAUGGUAUUCUACAGAUCAUAUACUUCCUGAUGGACGUAUAAUAAUCGUAGGAGGAAGAAGUGCUUAUAGUUAUGAAUUUUUUCCCCAAUACUCGAAUCAUGAUGGCGUUUAUUCCCUUCAAUUUUUGAAGGAAACAACUGACCCUAAAGAGGAAAAUAAUCUUUACCCUUUUUUAUACGUGUUGCCCGAUGGAAAUAUUUACAUUUUCGCUAACCAACGUUCGAUAGUAUUGGACUACGUAAAAAAUCGAAUAAUUAGGGAGUUUCCUAUUAUUCCAGGUGAGAAAAGGAGUUAUCCAGCGACUGGAUCAUCGGUAAUGCUACCGAUGAAAUUAGUCGCUAGAGAUUUGUAUCCGAUGGUGGAGGUGAUGGUUUGCGGUGGUGCUAGUGGUGGUGCAUUUUUACAAGCGGGGAUGGGUGGUUUUAGGCCUGCUUCGACAACAUGUGGACGUAUGAGGAUUACAGAUCCUGAACCUAAAUGGGUCAUGGAGGAUAUGCCGUUGGGUCGGGUCAUGCCCGAUAUGCUGUUGUUACCUACAGGAGAUGUGAUUAUAUUGAAUGGAGCAUCAAAAGGGACAGCCGGGUGGGAGAAUGCAAUUGAUCCGGUAUUGACCCCGGUUCUUUACAGCCCCAAUGAACCCGACCCGAAUAGGAGAUUCAGUGUACUCAACCCCACCAGUAUUCCAAGAAUGUACCACUCAUCAGCUACAUUAUUGCCAGAUGGCAGAAUAUUAGUGGGUGGAAGUAAUCCACAUAUAAGGUACAACUUUACUGGCGUAAUGUACCCCACAGAAUUAAGCUUAGAAGCAUUUAUGCCACCAUAUUUGAGCCCACAACAAUCUCAUCUACGUCCAUCAAUCGUGACCGUUGAAGGACCCGUAUCGUACGGUCAGAAAUUCUCUAUGACGUAUACGCUCGGGUUUUCUCAGCCUACUGAGAAAGUCAUGGUAACCAUGAUAGCACCAUCAUUCACCACACAUUCUUUCGCGAUGAAUCAACGGCUAUUAAUUUUGGAUAUCGUGGAAGUUAAACAACUAUCAGGGUUCGGUCAAAAGAUCACGGUGUAUGCGCCUCCAUCGCGUAAUAUUGCACCUCCGGGUUAUUAUAUGGUGUUUGUGGUUCACAAAGGUGUUCCUGGACACUCAGCUUGGGUAAAAAUGAAGUAAUUUUGAUAGUCUCGUUAUUUUAUUUUUGUGUUGGAAUUGGUAGAUUCUGAAAUUUAAUAGGUGCAUUACUAUUUCACUAUAGGUAGUCGUUGGAAUAGGAAUUUUGGUACAAUUGAUUAAGGUCAAUAUUUUUAUCCAAAAGUGGAAAAGAAACCUAGCUAUAGAGGCCUAGGUGAAUUAUUGUUUUGAAUGAAAAGAAUAAUGUAGGGAAUGAACCUCUCUAUAACCAACAAUUAGAAAGAAAAUUCCUUCUUUCUA